AUAGAAAUUUUAAAAUCGGUGCUUUAAAUUGAGUUUCGUCGUCCCCUGGUUCUCUCAUUCUCCAGUUCUGUAACUUCCUUCCCAACUCCUCACUCUUUUCAUCUUCUUCCCUCCCUCAACUUCACUCCUCCUUCAACCGAAAAUCUCACAUUUCUUCAGAAGAAACAAGAAUCUUGAUAUUGAAGUCUCUCCUGUUUCUCAGUUCUGUUUUUGGAUGGAUUCACUGGAAACUCCUCCUCCGCCACUUUCAGCAGCGUCCAACAUGGCGGUCGGAGGACAAACGGCGUAUUCGGCGGCCAUGUCCAACGCUAACAACAAUGCCUCCUCCACGAUUGGUCUAAAUCCGACUACCACUCAGAUGAUGGCACCUGCACCGCGAUUCCCGUUCAACUCUGUGAUCGCCCCUGCAUCCGUGCCUUUGGAUUCACUCAAUGUUACUCCCUACGACGGAUCGCAUUCCGGCACGUUCAACAUUGAUUCCGGGAAGAAAAAGAGAGGCCGGCCCAGGAAGUACACGCCCGAUGGUAACAUUGCUUUGGGAUUGGCACCUACCACCGUUGCGUCUUCUGUUGGUCACGGGGAUUUAACCGCAACUCCUGAUUCUGAACAGCCGGCCAAGAAAGCCAGGGGAAGACCGCCCGGCUCCGGAAAGAAGCAGAUGAAUGCUCAUGGUUCAGGCGGUAUUGGUUUUACUCCUCACGUUGUAUUGGUGAAACCUGGAGAGGAUGUUGCAGCCAAAAUUGUGUCCUUCACACAGCAAGGACCCCGAGCUGUCUUUAUUCUCUCUGCAAAUGGUACCGUCAGUAGUGCUACCCUUCGACACCCAGCUACAUCUGGUGGUUCCGUGACAUAUGAGGGCCAGUAUGAGAUCAUCUCUCUAUCAGGCUCCUUUUUGCUUUCGGAAAAUAAUGGAACUCGAAGUAGAACAGGUGGCUUGAGUGUGCUGCUGGCUGGGUCAGACGGACAGGUUCUUGGAGGUGGAGUUGCAGGAAUGCUAAUGGCAGGUUCCCAAGUACAGUUGAUUGUGGGAAGUUUCCUCGAGGAUGAUAAAAAAUCCAACUCAAGUAUGCUGAAUUCUGCAUCUUCUGCUGGACCACCCCAAAUGAUAAACUUUGGUGCACCAGCAGCAACAGCGGCCAGCCCUCCAUCGUUAGGGGCAUCGAGCGGCGAGUCUUCUGCCGAAAAUGGAGACAGCCCUCUUAAUAGGCAUCCUGGAAUGUUCAACAAUACCAGCCAGCCGAUCAACGUGCAGAUGUACCACCAUUUAUGGGCAGGGCAAACACAGCAGUGAGAGGAGGAGGGGGAGGACCAUUUCGCAACUAACAGUAAAGAGCAUUAGAAUGCUCUGCAAUAUUCAACAUCGUUUUGUGAAUCUAACUAUGGCAGUUAAUUACCAAAAGCAUAUGAUAGAGGGGCUUGUGUUUAUUUAUUUUAGGUUAGAUUUAACAAUAUUUCCGCCUUGCUGUCUGGUUUUCUCCUCGCACUGAAGCAUGGCUAACGAGUCCCCCCAUAAUAUAUGAUAAAAUAAUUCGAGAUUUUACCAUCUUCA